AUGAAAUAAAACCUUCAAAUUGAUAAAUAAGAACAGUCUUCAUCUUCAGAGAAUUACGAUUUUGUUGAAACUCCUCCAGACAUUAUAAAAGCAAAAUAACAUGGAGUAUAUUAAUAUAAAUAAAAAAUAAUUAGAAAGCAUUUCGAAUCCAUAAAAAUUACAACAUUAAUUCACCAAAAUGCAAUUGUUGUAAUUCUCAUGUAGUUCAUACUUAAUAUAAUAUAUUUUGUGAUUUAUCAGAAUUUAAAGAAAAUCGACAGGCUUAUUUAUAUUUAUUGUAAAUAAAAUAAUUCAUGUUUUUACUUCUAAUCCCAUGGUAUUAUUAAAAUUAUAUUUAGCAUUAUUUUAUUGCCUUAUUCUUUAUAUUUUUCAUAGAAAGGUGAUUAAUGUGAAAAUCUAUAAAUUUGUGGUAAAACAUUUUGGAAAAGGUAUUCUAUAUGGAAUUAAAUAUCUGAUUAUUUUUAAUUAGACGACUUUUUAUUAUAAGUUUUAUAUUCUUUAACAAUAUUUCUAAGUUCUUUAACUGUUUAUUUUAUGGAUUUUGGAAGUAUAUAUAAACCAUUUUUGAGUUAAUAAUUAUAAUUGGCCUUUCUAAAAUAAUCUAUUAUGAUUGUUUCAACAUUUGAAGAUUAUUCUUAAAUUGAAAAUAAACAUGAAAAUAUUCAGUACUUUAAACUUUAUAAUAUGGAUCUAUUUAAAGAUUAAAUAAUGCAACAAUUAUUAAUAAAUUAAACAGAAGGCACUAUUACUAAGUAAAAUAAUUCUUAAUAAAAGUUAUAAAAGAAAAUUAAUCAAAACAAUAUUUUCUUAAUAAAUUGAUUUGAAUUUGAUAUGUCAAGGCAAUAUAAUAAUUUUUUAAUCAUAGGUAAUAUAUUGAAUAUCAUAAUUAUUAGAUUUAAAAAGAUGAAUUUUGUUCUUAAAAUGAAGAUAAAAUAAUUAAUGAAGGAAUAGAACAAAAUUUUUCACCAACAUUAAAAAAGAAGUGUAAUUGUAGCUUUAUUCUUCAAUUUAUAUUUAUUAUUCUCCUUCCAUUAAUUACAACUACUUUGCUAGCAUUAAAUUUAUAUAUAUAAUAUUAAUAUUUAAAAUCAUACCCUAAUUUAUCAAAUAAAUUUUUAAUGAGGAUAUUAUUUUCAAUUUUAUCUCUAUCAGAAAUUCAUUUAUCUAAUUAUAUAGCCCAAUAACUUAUUUCUUAAAAUUAUUAAAUAUAAAUUUAUUUCAUGGUAACAUUUUUUAUAUUAUUUUAGCUUUAAGUAAUCUCCUUAAAAAAUUUUAAUAAACUUUUAAGUGGAAUUUCAAAUUAAGAAAUAUUUUUGAAAGAAAAUGGAAUUAUUGAUACUCUCAUUCUUAUAUCUUUUUUGAAUGUCAUUUUACCUAGCUUAUCUAUAAUUUUUGAUAUAGAUUAUUUUGUUAAAUAAUUUAAAAAAAUGUACAAGUUUAGAAAUAAUAAUAAUAAUUUACUCUAAAUUGAAGCAAAUAAGUUAUUUGAAGCAAGAUCAAUCAACUUCUAAAGUAAGUAACAAAAUAUUUUUUAACUAUGUUUACUGGCUCAAAUAUUUAUCUUUGAUUUUCCAUUUAUUUUACCCUUAACUUUAUUAUCUUUAUUUAUUACAUAUUGGGUUCAUAAAUAUAUUUUUGUCAAAAAAUGUAUUCCUAAAUUAAAUAAGUGGGAAGAUGAUAAAAAUUUAGAGAUCUAAAAGCAAUAAUUUUUGUUUUUACUUAUUAUGUAUUGUAUUUAAAAUUUUAUACUUUUUAAUAUUUAUUUACUAGUUUCAAUUCUAGUUUAUCUUAUUGGGUUCAAAAUUUUCAAUAGAAUUAAAUUAGAUAAAACUUUAUAAAAUUAAAAAGAAAUUAAUCCAAUCAAAUUGUAUAAUUAUAUAUAGUAAUAUAAUCCUGUUAACUUUUUUGGAGAUGAUAAACAUAUAAAGCAUCAAUAUUUAUAUGAAUUAUUUAUUGUAAUGAACAAAUAAGUUAAGAAAAAUUCAAAAACUGUAAAUAUUUUUUUUAUGUUUAAGCAAAACAAACAAAAAGUUCAAAGUAAGGAAAUUAAUGAAAAUUUAAUUUAAGAUAUAUGA